GAUUAAUAAUGUCUGUUAAUUAUGUAUUAUGUUAUUGUGUUUCAGAUUUGUGUACAGCAACCAAUGGACAACCUGACAUUCACAAACAGCAUUCUCCUCAUGGAGGGACUGAAAGUUACAUCUCAGUCAUCUCAACCUGUUUUCAUCCUCCUUCUCUUGACUUAUGUCUUUACAAUGGUAUCAAACAUUGGACUUAUAUUUUUGAUAUCAACAGAGAAGAAUCUGCAUGACCCAAUGCAUUUUCUAUUCUGCAACUUGCCACUGAAUGACAUACUAGGAACCACUGUCAUUAUGCCACGCUUGCUGCAGGAUAUUUUAAGGGACACCUCCGAGCGCUAUAUAUCAUAUGCAGAGUGUGUUAUUCAAGCUUAUUUUGUGCAUGUAUUUACAGUAGCAUGUCACUAUGUGCUGAUGAUCAUGGCCUUUGACAGAUAUGUGGCUAUAUGUAAUCCACUGCGAUACACAUCUAUAAUGACCAAUAAAAUGGUCAUUAAAUUAUCAGCAUUUGCUUGGGGCCUGGCGAUCAUUUUAGUGACAAUUAUGAUAGGACUUACUCUGCGUCUGUCUCACUGUAGGUAUAAAAUUGAAAACCCUUUCUGUGACAAUGCCUCACUGUUUAAACUGUCCUGUGAAAAUGUAGUCAUAAAUAAUGUGUUUGGACUUGUUUAUACCAUUGUUGUACUCAGUAUGUCAGCGAUGUGUAUUUUCAUAACAUAUGUCAAGAUUGCUACUGUAUGCAUAACCAGCAAAAACAAAACACUCAACAGCAAAGCCAUAAAAACCUGCAGCACUCAUUUAGCUGUUUAUUUAAUCAUGUGUGUUUCUGGAGCUACUUUUAUUUUCCUUCAUCGUUUUCCUGAAUACUCUGACAGCAGGAAACUAGCUAGUAUAAUGUUUCACAUUGUACCACCGGGAUUAAAUCCCUUAGUAUAUGGUUUACAAACCAAAGAGAUAAGACAAAAGAUUGUAAAACACUGGUGUAGAAAAAAUUGAAUUCCUCAAUGGAUUAUGUAUCUUCAUAGGCAAUAUUAUUUUAAUGGAUUGAGUGUGUGAAAAUAAUAUUUACUAUUUAGCUAAGAAUAACUGUAGUACUGUAACACUGCAAACACUGUAACUGUUCUGUACUCAAAUCCUUUUCAGUAUUUAUCAGUUGUUUGUAUGAGAAUUGUUGACUUAAAAUUUUAACUAAUUUAAAUUAAGUUGCAAGCACAUAUUACCUGGAAAAUAAAAAGGAAAAAA